AUGAGCCACGAAGAAGACUACGCAACAAACAUCGAUGAGCAGUUGCUUACCGCGGUAAAAAAUCAGGUGAAUGACCACGAACUUCAACACAAUGGCAAAGCCAAAUUAGAGGAUCCCGAACACGUGCUUGGCCACGAGCACAGCCAUAAUCACAAUCACAACCAGGGACACAGACACCCACAGGUGUUGUACCAUCACCAGCAACACUUGCAGGAUGUCGGCGAGUCUGAAUACAACAUCCAGAUCCCCGAGCCGAUCAUCGACUCGCGCCUGAAAAUAUACCCUGUGAAUGAAAACACCAUCACGAACGAGGGCAACUUGAUCACGCGCCCCUUUCCGGAACAGUUGUUCCACGGCAGGGACGAGCUCAACGAGUUCAUAGCCGAGUUUGCUCGCGACAAUGGCUUUGGCAUUGUCAUUGCCCACUCCAACAGGAAGGCCAUCUACUACACAUGCGAGCUCGGGGGCAGAUAUCGCCACAAGAAGGGCAAAAGCAUUGAACAGCAAGAAGAGGAGGCGGCGCAGAGCCAGCUCAACGAAGAUGGCACGGGGUACGCUCUAGACUCGCACGCGCGUACCAAGAAGUUGCGGUGCCCGUUUUCGAUGACCGCGCUGUACCGGAAAUCGAGCCAGAUCUGGUCGUUGCGCACCACAUGCAAUGAACACAACCACCCGCAGUUGGACCCCUUGUCGAACCACCCUAUGUUGCGCAAGAGGUCUGAUGAGUUGAACUUGUUGAUCUUGGACUUGUACAAGGUGGGAACCAAGCCUUCGCACAUUGAAGCAAAGAUCAAGCAUCAGUUUCCAGACGUUCUCAUAAAAAGAGAAGACAUCUAUAACGAGAUCAGGGGCUACAAGCGCAAGAUGAAGAAACUGAACAAGUUCUACCCGCCUGGCGUUGCGCCCAAUGGUACCAAGAGACGCCGUAACGCUGCUUCCUAUCAUCAGGUUAUGGAGGGUGAUGAUGACGAUGAGCAUGAUGAGGUCUUGACUUACGAGUUGGAGCGCCAUAGACAAGAGGCAGAUUUGCAGAGGCAGAUCCAGGCCGCUGAGGCCCAUCAUUCUCAUCAUCAUGGGAUUUCUCAUGCCCACUCUCUCUCACACCACUCCCAUAUCGACGAACAGCAGCUACAACACUACCAGCAUCAGUUGCAGGCGCACGGGCUCCACGAUUCCGAGCAUUCCGAUACUGCUGCUGCGGCUAUCGCUGCUGUGGCUAAUGCAGCACAUGCUGACGAGAGUGGCAAUUUGUCAAUUGAUAACAUCGAUAGCAGAUUGGUGGGCGAGUGA